AUGGCAGGUGUCGUCGCCCGGCCUCAGCGGGCGAUGGGGCGGGUGGUGCUGCUUCUUCUCUCGCUAUGCGCUGCGGGCGCCCGUGGGCUCUACUUUCACAUCGGCGAGACCGAGAAGCGCUGUUUCAUCGAGGAGAUCCCCGACGAGACUAUGGUCAUCGGCAACUAUCGCACCCAGAUGUGGGACAAGCAGAAGGAGGUCUUCCUGCCCUCAACCCCAGGCCUGGGCAUGCAUGUGGAGGUGAAGGACCCCGAUGGCAAGGUGGUGCUGUCGAGGCAGUACGGCUCCGAGGGUCGCUUCACCUUCACUUCCCACACUCCUGGCGACCACCAGAUCUGCCUGCACUCCAAUUCCACCAGGAUGGCCCUCUUUGCAGGUGGCAGACUGCGCGUGCACCUGGAUAUCCAGGUUGGCGAGCACGCCAACAACUACCCUGAGAUCGCUGCUAAGGAUAAGCUGACCGAGCUGCAGCUCCGAGCCCGCCAGUUGCUCGACCAAGUGGAGCAGAUCCAGAAGGAGCAGGAUUACCAAAGGUAUCGUGAGGAGCGAUUUCGUCUGACGAGCGAGAGCACCAAUCAGAGGGUGCUGUGGUGGUCCAUUGCACAGACCGUCAUCCUCAUCCUCACUGGCAUUUGGCAGAUGCGUCACCUUAAGAGCUUCUUCGAGGCCAAGAAGCUGGUGUAGUGCCCUCUCCAUUCCUCACCUCAGUUAUUUGGUACUUUCCCCACCCAAUCUCAUAGUCACUUGGAUUUUGAGGGAAAAAAAAUGAAAAAAGAAUUUAAGUCAUGUGGGUUCCUUAGCAACAAACCAUUCAGAGAAGCCACUUGUUAACCCUGGUUCUUGAGGACACAGGAGAUUGGUCCAAGCUUUCACAAAUUUGUCUUCAGGCUUGUGAGGAGUUGAAACUAACCUAGGCUGCCUUGCUGCUUUUACCUCCAGUGACUCCCCUCUGUCCACACACAAAGUGAUCAAAUUGAAAACCUCUUUUACCUUUUGCUCUCUCUUCUGCUCAUGCGGUAGGCAACUGGCAUGGCCACAAAGGAGGAUGUCCUCACUGCUCCCUGAACAGCCCUGGGUUCAUACAGUGGCUCUGUCAAUGUAAAUAAGGGGUAGGUCUUCUCCCAGAGGAUUGAGAUGUUUUUCUAUAUAUUAGAACUAUUUUUUGAUAAAUGAUAUAUUUUCCUUCCUAGUUGAGUGUUGCUGCCUGUAACUAGCUGGAAACCCCAAUGUAGUCCUUGUGAAUUCUCUUUAUUCACACAUUUUUGAUAACCACUGUGGCUGCUCAUAGCAUUUCAGCAGUUUGUGGGCCAGAAAGCAGACAUUACAAUUGCUCUCGGGGCUGUAUCCGAGGGCCAAGCAGAGUUCUCUUGGACACCUGUGGUUCCCUUCCCAUAGGGCUGCAGAGUUGGAGGUAAGGUGAUGACAGCAUGGGGCAGUGCACUCUUAACCCAUCCUCUUUCCUGAACGGUUAUUUAAACUGUGAUAAAUGUUUUCUUCAAGGGAACCAGAUUUGGUUCUUUAUAUGGAUUUUUCCAGUAAAAUAAAAUGAGUUGUAGUACCCA